GACUGUCUGUACAUUGGUUGUCAUCAGCCCCCCACUCUUUCCUUGAAAUCCACCUCUCCUUAUCCCUUUUAGUAUAAAACCCUCAUGUCCCUUUUCCUCCUCAUCAUCAUUGCUUAUCCAAAUUGAGAGAAUAUUGAUUCUUGAUUCAUCAUGGCUGGAGGGAGAAAGGGGAAUGAUCAGUUUGAAGACAUGCUGCCAUUGAUGGCUGAGAGGUUGGGAGGUGAGGGGCUGAUUGGGGAGCUCUGCAAAGGGUUUGGUCUGCUGAUGGAUAGGGAAAAAGGGGUGAUCACAUUUGACAGUUUGAAGAAGAACUCAGCUCUCUUGGGGCUGCAGGAUCUCGGGGACGAAGAGCUCGAGGGCAUGUUGAGGGAGGGCGAUCUCGACCGGGAUGGCGCCCUCGAUCAGAUGGAGUUUUGUGUGCUCAUGUUCAGGUUGAGCCCUCAGCUCAUGGACCAGUCUGAGGCCUUGCUUGGGUAUGCUUUAGAGCAGGAGUUUGGAUGGAAAUGAUUUUUUUUUUUCUUUUUUUGGGGGGAUUCGUUGUGUAUAUAGAUAAAGGAAAAAUGUCAAUUAAUCCUCUCAAACUUGAAGUUGAAACAACCCAACGAAUAAACAUGAGAUUGUUCAUUGUCUUA